AUGGCGUCGAACCAUGGAACGGCCGUUAUAAAAAAUCUGUGUUACACAGCGCCCAGACAUCCCAGAACAAAUAAACCAGCAACUGAAAACGAAAGAGCAAGAAGUUCCUUAGAAGCAGAACCACUUGAGAAUGAUGGAUUAUCCGAUUUUAGUGAAAGGAAACUGCCAUCUUCUCGUAGACACAAAAAGCAUCACCAAGGCCACAAAACCAAGGUGUCGGUCAGAGAGUCUUUGUCGCAUUCUCUUCGUGAGCUUGACGGUGUUGACGAGGAGAACUUCUAUGAACAUCUAUUAGCGUUGAAGAAUGAACACAAGAAAAGUCUAAAAGCGCUGGAAAAGCUUUAUUAUUCCGAAAAGGACAAACGCGACCACGGGUUUGAACUAGACUCCAAGACGAAAAUAGCUGUAAGAGAUUUUGAUGAUUCUAGAGUCCAAGAACACUUCCCUUUGCGUGAUUAUAAUCCCUUUCUAAGAGCGGAAGAAAACGAGGAAAAGAAAGGCACUGCAAUUUCAGUCAGACCAGAAGAUUGCAUUAGGGACAUGUCAAUCAGAGAACAUAGAACAAAAGAAGAAAAGGAAAAUGAAGGUAAUAAUAUUAUGCAUCAUUAUUAAUGAUAAUAAUAAUAAUAUUAUUAUACAAAUAAUUUCUAUAAUUAUAGUAAUAAUUUAUUUUUGUAAUGACAAUAAUGAUAAUGAAAUGAUAAUGACAAUGGUUGUAAUGAUAAUGAUGAUGACUUAGCACUUUUACCAAACUGUCAAACAUAAGAGCAUUGAACAUCAAGUCAAACAUAUAUUCUUAAAAAAAAAAAAGGGUGGUAAUGUUUGUGUAGAUUCUCUUGAGUCAUUCAGAAAAAGUUCUUGCUUGUUCCAACACCUCUCUUUGACCAUAAUAACAAUGUGUGCAGGUCAUGUUUGGAUUUUGGAGGAAAGUGGGCUUGUGCCUUGAACUGUUUUUCUUUAUUGUUCCAAGAUCUCAAUGUGUCUCAUUGCUCUGGAACUAGAGUAGAAGAGUUAAUUGGAAUAGACUGGAAGUGUAGCUUCUAUAAACUGUAGGACACUGUAGGACACUGUUGUCCAGGGCUGGGUUGUUCAUAGCUGGUUUGAGAUAAAUCAGGGUUAGAGUGAAAUCUGAUUUCAGAUCUGAAAGUUUGAAAAGAGAAUUCACUAUAACUCAUUUUGUCUAUAAUUUGAUGAUUGGAUGCUCUCAAAAGAAUAGAGAAAAUUAUCCCAAUAACAGCUUAGGAAUAAAGAAACCUGGGCCCAGUUGUUCGAAGGCCGAUUAGCGCUAACCCAGGGUUAGAUUUUAAUCUGGGUUUCUUUAUUCCUUUACUCUAAAGCCUUUUUGGGAAAAUUUUCAGUGUCCUUUUUAAAGCAUCAAAUAGUCAUACUCUAGACAAAAAGAAUUUGACUGAAUGUUCUUUUAAAGCUUUUAGAUCUGAAAUCGGAUUUCACACUAACCCUCGGUUAUCUUAACCCAGCUUUGAACAACCCGGCCCUGAAUGAUAAUUUAACCCUGGGUUAGCACUAACCGAUCUUUGGACAACUGGGCCGAGGAAAAUAAAAUUAAGGCUGUUUUAGAUGAGAAAAACCAUUACUUGCACUUGAUUUGCAUUCCCCAAAUAAACAAACCACUCCUUGAUGUGGCAGUAUUGAGUAAAUAUUGAGUUAAAUAUUGAGUGAAUAUGGUAAGUGCCAUGAAAACACCAAACCUUUAAACUGGAGAAGGAAAAAUUCUCUAGAAGCUUAUACAUAAUUCAUGGAUACUUUCUUUAUCAAGUUUUUCAGGAUGGCAAAGCUCACUUUAAGUCAUUCAUAACAUUCAAUCCUAGAGAUAAGUCACUUACAACUUCUCCUUACAAUAUCAAAACAUUAUUAGGCAAAGGGGUCCUAAGAAUUUAAAAGAUAAAUUAGCUAGAGGGAAGUAUUUCUUAGGUCUUGAUAGAGAUCUGUUUUUUAAGAUCGAGCCGUUUUCUCCCAAAAGUAUUAUUUUUAACUUUUUGAUUUUUUUUCUGCAGGAGACUCGUCUGUAGAGGAACUGCAAGCUUCACGAAGAAGAUCUUUUAGUGAUCCUUUAGAUGGAGAAUACUGGGAGGAUGAGGACAGAGAUGCUACCAGGAGUCGAUCAGAAGAUCACAAAGUCCUGUACAAGGAGAUGUAUCCGCAGAGAUCGUCCGCGCUGGAUGUGGUCGAGAACAUGUGGGAAGAUUUCUCAGUUUAUGAUUACCCCCCUGAGGCCAGCCCACCGCGCGAAAAACAUGCGAAAAAGAAAGAGUGGACCCCGCAGAUCACCAUUCCUAAACCAUUUACAAUGACGAUGAGAGAGGCUAAGAAAAAGGCGAAAAACAUGUCCAGAUCACAAAUGAUUCUUCAGGAAGAUUUGAAGAAGAAGAAAGAAAAAGAGGAAGCUGAGUUGCAUAAGAAAUUCCGCGCGCAGCCUGUUCCCGCUACGACGUUUCUGCCACUUUACGAUGAGAUUACCCGGCAGAAUGAACUGAGAAGAUAUCACGUACAAGAACUAAGCAAAGCGAUCCUCAAAUCAACUGAAAAACCGUUCAAAUUCACGAAGCGCGAAGAGGAGAAGAAACAAAUGCGUCGGACCAAAUCUCUAAGCAAUCUCGCGGAACUCGAGAACAAAAUUGAUGAAAAAAAGAAGUUUAAAGCUAACCCAUUUCCUGAUCAUUUGUUUGAUCUGACUCUUGCAGAUAGGAUUGCCGAAAAAGAGGAGUACAGAGCAAUUCGCAUACGCAUGCGAGCGCAGGAAACGCUAGCUGUGUCACGUCUCCCUCCAAAUAUGGAAGCGAGAGGGGAAGAAUACACGCUUGGUCAUUUCCGCAGUAAGCUGAACAAAGAAGGCAAUAAAAACGCUUUUAUGACCAAAGACCACAAAUUUCGACCGCAAAUUAACCCGGAUGUGCCUGAGUUCGAUGCGCUCCAUAGACAGUUUGAAAAAGAGAUGAGGAAUAAGAAAAAGGAGCUGGAACCUACAGUUGUAGAGCCAUUCAAUCUUAGAACAGCGCGUCUAUCCACGACAAGGAAGGCGAGGUCCUCUAGGUCUCAAGAGGUCCCGGAUACUGGCAGAUCGUCCCGGGAUCGCUCGGCUAGUAGGGAAAGACCUUCUAGUGCCAGGUCAUCCACACCACAUGAUACACUUCCUUUUGGGUAAGCAUAAAUCCAUUUAACAAAUAGAUUCCAUCUAACUACGCGUCUUUUUUAGUAAAAGAUCACAGAUGAAGUCAAAAUGUGAUGAGAGCGAAAAAUUGGCAUGCGAUGCACGGCAGAUUGAUCUCCAACAAUCUUUCCUUUUAGACGAGGUCUUUCGCUCGAGGUAAAAAAAAUCAGGGGUUGCUCAUAGUCUACCCAGCCGAGUGUGUCACUGAUGUUCCUUACCAUAUUUUGACGUCAUUCGAAUUUCUAAUCUCAUUUCUGCGUCCUCUAUGAUAAAAAACUGUUGCAUAACACCACACAAAGGAAUCUUUCUUGUCUUACACUAGAAGGAAAUGUGAAGUAAACUAAAUUACAAAGUUGUCGUGCAACCCUCGACUGUUCCAUCUAUAUUUCACUCUUCAGAGGUUUUUCCCGUCUCCAAUGACUCGGUUUCUUUUCCUUACUUUUAAUAAGACCCUGUCUCACUUCUUUGGAGCCCUUACUUGUUCAAAACGGAAAGAUCGGGCCCAUUUUUUCUCAAACUGUGCGCUUUGUUAGACGAAACAAAGUGAGCAAAGAGAGAAAAAUCCCUCCCAUAUUUUCCAAACUUUGCGCGUUGUUGGACAAAAAAAGGAGAAAAUUCCUAUUUGACGUCGGCGGUACAUUUGUACUUCGAUAAAUAGAGGGCAACGAACAAUCUCAGAAUGCAUAGUAUGCAGUCAAAGAGAGCCCACCACGCCAAAAAUUCAAAGCUGUCCCUUAACGUGGCCGCAAGCGUAGAAUUUUCUGUCUCUUUUAAAGUGCUCAUUUUUCUUUCGAAUCAAAAAACGAUUAUGAAAUUUAUAGGUGUAACUUCACUAUUUUGUGUACUACGUAUUAUUUUACAGGGAAAAAAGCCAAAAGAAACUUAGCAUGUAUCAACCUUGAUGUAAGAUCUACAUUCGUGAUGAAUCUUACAAUUGUGAUGAAUAUUUUAUUUGCCCUUCUUAUCGCCCCUAUAAGGAUUUGAUAGAGUUUUAAGAUCAAAGUCAGUAUCUGAGUUGGAGUGCAGUUGCUCAGAUACUGAUAUUGAAGUCUUCGUGAACAUUUUUCUUUCAGAAUCACAGAGUCUGCGCGGUUGCGCGAAAGUACAAUCCGCAGGAGCCUAGAAAAUAGAAGAGCAAAUGAGCAAGAAGAGAUAAAACAGGUGCAACAGAGGCAGCGCCGACAAAAGAUGUUAAAACCAGAAGUAACACGAAAAGUCAUGGCGAAUGAUCACAGCGCGCAAUUGAAAAAGGCUGCGAAAGAAAAGGUUCAAAGUUUCAGGUGAGUGACCCUUUUAUUGACGAGUAACUUAUUUGUCCCUCUUGCGUGUCUUUAAUUCUCAAGCGCAUUGCUCCUAUAGCCACAGAAAUCUCGCAAACACGCGUGUUUUAGUUGAUAACACGCGGUGAGAGUGGGACGUCUUUGUAGGUCCAAAUAUUGAGCUGACAAUCGGAAACGUCUCGGUUCCUUCGGAGUGGCUGCUCGUUGCGCGCUCAGUAACGCGCGCAUAUCAGACAGGCGUGUUCAUCUAUUAUUUGACGUAAAUGAGUAACGCCGUUUUUUUAUUACGUAGAGAAAAGUUCGAUGUUUGAUGGUGGAAGGACCAGUAAAUCAAUUUUAGUUGCUUAUUCUGUAGGCAAAACAAGAACUAGGUAUUUCGAUUGCAGAAUUUUUUUUGCCAAUUUAAUUUUCAUCUUUUAUGCGAUUAGAGGGAAUAGGCUGUCGAUUUUCGGUCCUUACAUCACUCGUAUGUACGGUGUCUCCGGGGAACUACAGUUAUUCAUUUAUAACAUUAUCUACUUCCUACAGGGAAGGUGAUCGGGCACGGAGAGAAGAAUACAACCGGGAACUGAAGGAGAUGCACGAUCGUGUGAAUAAACGACCCCUGCUCUUUGAGCAGCAAUCUCAAGCCACGGCAAGGCGCGCCGCAGAGCGAAAGUAUGCGGAUAUCCUUCGUAGCGCAGGCGUAGAGGAGGCGCUGGUAAGGGACUUGGUUACUAAGGAUGGCAAAAUCGUAGAUGUCGACUCGGACGAUGAGUUCGAGGAGACUGGGUCCCAGGUUAAUUACAGCGGAUCAAGAAGGUCUUCAGGAGCAGGAUAUACGAGGGACAGCCAUGAUGGAAAUGUGGAUGAAGACACGAGCGACGUUGAAGAGGAAAGAGGAAGAAGAAGAUGAGAUCUAAGCUAUCUAAAAGAAAAGGUUGUGAUUAUCCGACACAGCUGUAAGCCCCUCCUCCCUCCCCUCCCUCCUUUUCCACUUUUACUGGAGGUUGAAUUAAUGAAAUCCAGAAAACAGAUAAACAGAGGUCAAACAACAGCCUAGGUUUAUCCAAAGAAACCGUUGUCAUAAGGCAGACUCGUGUCUAAUGGCUCAGUUUAAUAUCUUUCUCGUUGGAAUUAAAUUCUGCUUGUUAAUUACAAUAUCGUAUUGUUAAACCUUUGUAAGUAACACAACGUUGUUAG